CGCCCCGAUCCGGCCCCACACGCCCUGCCCUGCCUCUUCCCAGAGAAUUUCAUCGGUAACAUGGUUUUUUUUCUCUCCCCCCCUCCCCGGAGCAGCGGAGGAGACUCCGGCAGGGAAAGGGAAGGCGAGAAGUGAAUGACUACCAGCGGGACAAGUCAGCCACACCGCCCCGUCGGCGGACAUUUAGCGAAGCGGGCUCCUCUCCUGGCUUUUAAAUGUAGUAGUAGGUGGAACCGAGUGCGCACCGUUAUUUACCCCGAGCGGGACAGAGAUGGAAAGCGUGCAGGCUGCCGCUGAGGACGCGUCGGAUGGAGGCGCGGCGAAGUUCAUGAAGAAGCCCAGCGGACUGUCUAUCGCCCGCGGGACUCCGUUGGACGAUGGCGUUGGACAUUCGGCUCCCUCCCGCGCAGAGGCGAGGAACGGGAACAGCCUCCCUCACUCCGCCUCGGCCGCGGGAUCCAGUGCGUCAGACCGAGCCGUGGCGUCGAAUGGCCGGGGCUCGUCCAGCAACUCCGGCUCCCUCCUGUUGCGACGCAGGCGCUUGAAGAGGAACCUCUCCGCCGCAGCUGCAGCCACCGCCGCCCCGGCUGUCACCGCCGCCCGCGGGGCCAAGAUGAACUCGGCCCUGUCCUCCGCGUCGCUGCACACCCGGAGUCUGGACAGGAAGACGCUGCUGAAGCACCGGCAGAACAUGCAGCUGCAGCCCGCAGAUCGAGAGUGGGUGAGGGCAGAUCUCCACCGAGGCUCCGUACAUGUCCACGACCGACUGACGCCCACAUAUCCCAGGCCGGUCCUUUGCACUAUGGACACCACAGCCGGCGAGGUGGCGCUCCGUCUGAGUAAACUCUGCAGUAAGUCGAGCUCCGUUAUGCGCAUUUUCUGUAAAGACAACCCCAAGACUGACCAAAAUGGCAACUGCAAUGUGAAGUAUGAUUAUGGUGAUAACCCGUGCAAGGGGAUGGAAGACUCGAGUAUGAAAGGCAACCACCUGACCCCCCUGGAAUCCACCGAUCUAAGGGGCCAUCCGAGAGACCGGCUGAGGCUGCUGCUCCUGGAGAAUGCAGACGAGAGGCAAACGCAACAGGACGUUGAUGGGAAACUUUUCACCCCUGAUUCAGAGUCGCAAGACAUCAUCACCUGUUCCCUGUCAGAUUUGAAUUCCAACUCCAACAUGGACACCCCCAAUGACGAUGACUCAGAGCACAGGAAUGGCGUGGACAGCUAUGGACUGAACUCUGGCUCAGAUGUGGAGAGCAGUGCGUUCGAUGACCUCAGCUCCGGGGCCCGGCUCAGCGAGCACAGGGACUCCCUGAGUGAUGACAUGAUCCUGGGCACUGAGGCUUCCAUCCUCAGCCCCACGUUUGACAGCGCCACGGAGGGCCACGACAUGUACGGCAGCUCCUCGGACGAACUGGAUCUCGACUGUCCAGCGUCGAGCACCAGCAUGGACCCCAUCUCCCAGCAUCACAACGGUGGCAUCACUGCCAGCUACAAGCAGUGCAACACGGGACCUUUAAAUGACAAUGUGGGGCCGGACAGCAGGCUGAGCCCACACAGCCUGGGCAGCAUGCCAACCAGCAGCAGUGCCGGCUCAUUGUCAAGAGCCUGUUCUACAGGUACUACACCUGACAUCCAACAUCCGGACUCUGCAAAACCAGGGCUGUCAGAAGACCACAAUGGGAAUUCCUGUGAUUCCAGCCCCACGCUGUAUGUGCAGCUGCAUGGUGAAGCUGUCAGGAGGCUUAGCCCAGAUGAGAGGCCUCUGCAGAUCCAGAAUGACUUUCUCUUUAAGCUUGGAUUUAAGGACCCUUGGCGAGUUCAAGAGGAAGGGCUUAACACUGAAAUCGGCUCCUUGUUACGUUUCUACGCAGGGAAACCCCAAAGCAUCGAGAACUCAGAGCGGAUCCAGCUGUCAGGGAUGUACAACGUUCGGAAAGGGAAGCUUCAGCUACCGGUCAACCGCUGGACCAGGCGACAGGUCAUCCUGUGCGGCACCUGCCUCAUCGUCUCCUCUGUUAAAGAGAGCCAGACAGGGAAGAUGCAUAUCUUGCCGCUCAUUGGAGGAAAAGUGGAGGAGGUGAAGAAGCACAAUCACUGUUUGGCCUUCAGCUCAGCGGGCCCUCAGAGUCAAACCUACUACGUCAGCUUUGACAGCUUCACGGAGCACCUGCGAUGGCACAGACACGCUGCCAAGAUGGUGUCCCAGAGAAUAAACUCGGUAGACCUGUCCUGCUGCAGCCUGGAGCAGCUUCCUACCAACCUCUUCUACAGCCACGACCUCACCCACCUCAACCUCAAACACAACUUCCUGCCUGCGGACCAGCGGCUGCAGCAGCUGCAGAGGUUUUCCCGUCUGCGAAGCCUCAACCUGUCCAACAACCAUCUCAGUCAGUUUCCCCCCGCCAUCUGUGACAUCCCUACCCUGACGGAGGUCAACCUCAGCUGUAACUACCUGGCCUCUGUGCCCAGCUCCGUGGGAGCCAUGACCAACCUGCAGACGUUCCUCUUGGAUGGCAACAGUUUAGAUGAGCUGCCCAAUGAGCUGGGAUCCCUGCUGAGGCUGAGCUACGUAGGUCUGUCCUUCAACCAGUUCAACCACGUUCCCCAGGUGCUGGAGCGUUUGACCUCCAUGGAGAAGCUGUGCAUGGCCGGCAACAACCUAGAAACACUCGUCCUGCAGAACUUCAGACUGCUCCGAGUCAAACACAUCGAUUUAAGGCUGAAUAAGAUCUCCAGCAUGGUGCCAGAUGAGCCCGACCUGCUGAGGCACGUGACCCAGCUGGAUGUGAGGGACAACCGGCUGACGGAGCUGGACGCCUCCGUCUUCCCGAGGCUGGAGGUGCUUCACUGCGAGAGGAACCACAUCUCCAGCCUCAAGGCCAAGGGUUGCUUGCUCAAAGGCAUCUACACUGCCAACAACGAGCUACGACAACUGGAUGUCAGUCCCGUGCCUUCCAAUCUCAGCUACAUGGAUAUCUCGAGUCCAGCCUAUCAGAGGAGAGCCACAGCAUCCUGCAGGAGCUCUAUCUCACCAACAACCGUCUGACGGAUAAGUGUGUGCCCAUGCUGACGGGACACUUACAUCUACGAAUUCUGCACAUGGCAUACAACCAUCUCCAGACCUUCCCAGCUAGUAAAAUGGCCAAGUUGGAGGAGCUGGAGGAGGUGGACCUGAGCGGGAACAUGCUGAAGACUGUGCCCACCACCAUCAUGAACUGCUGGCGAAUGCACACGCUCAUCGCCCAUUCCAACGCCAUCGAGGUCUUUCCGGAGGUCAUGCAGCUGAUGGAGAUGAAAUGUGUGGAUCUGAGCUGUAAUGAGCUGAGCGAGAUCACUCUCCCGGAGAACCUGCCGCCCAAGCUUCAGGAGCUCGACCUGACUGGAAACCCUCGUCUCAACCUGGACCACAAGACCCUGGAGCAGCUAAAUAAUAUCCGCUGCUUCCGUAUUGAUCCGCCUCCAACCUUUUCGUCGAACGAGGCAUCUGGUGGGCCUGCUGUGUGGAGUCAUGGUUACACAGAGGCCUCGGGCGUCAAGAACAAACUUUGCGUCGCAGCACUGUCAGUGAACAGCUUCUGUGGAAAUCGUGAAGCCCUGUACGGUGUGUUCGAUGGGGACAGGAAUGUGGAAGUGCCGUACCUUCUGCAGUGCACAAUGAACGACGUGCUGGCUGAAGAAAUACACAAGACUAAGAGCGAGGAGGACUACAUGACCAACACCUUCCUCGUCAUGCAAAGGAAACUCGGGACCGCGGGUCAGAAACUGGGCGGCUCGGCAGCUCUGUGUCACAUUCGCCAUGACCCCACCGACCCUGCCGGCUGCUUCACCCUCACGGCUGCGAACGUGGGCAAGUGCCAGGCCAUUCUGUGCCGUGACGGGAAGCCACUGUCGCUGUCCCUGCUUCACAACAUAGGGCUGGAGGAGGAGUACCGCAGGAUCCGACAGCACAGGGCUAUCAUCACUGAGGACAACAAAGUGAAUGGCGUGACCGAUUCUACAAGAAUCAUGGGCUACUCCUUUCUCUACCCGUCCGUCAUCCCUUGUCCCUAUGUGCAGACAGUCACUCUCACGUCCCAGGAUGAGUUCUUCAUUCUGGGCAGCCGGGGCCUGUGGGAUACUGUGUCUCCCACUGAGGCUGUAGAGGCUGUUCGAAACGUCCCGGACGGCCUGGCUGCUGCGAAGAAGCUGUGCACGCUGGCACAGGGAUACGGCUGCACCGACAGCCUCAGCGCCGUGGUGGUCCAGCUCAGCGUGAGUGAAGACUGCUGCUCCUGCUGCUGUUCUGAACCUCCCCAGCCUCCUCCGAGCCCCGGCCUGGGCACUUAUCCCUCCUCCUCCUCUGCUGUCAAGGAGCGUCCCUCGGACGGCUCCCUCCCGGUGCCCCCCUCCUCCUGCAGUGAAAUCAGCAGCGAGAUCAGCACCAGCGAGAUGAGCAGCGAAGUGGGCUCCACAGCCUCGUCUGACGAACCCCCGCAGAGCUCUCUGGUGCUGCUGCACGACCAGUCCCACCAUCCACACCUCCACCUGCACCAUCCGGCCCACGUGCUGUCCUUACAGCAGCAGCAUGCCCACUCGGCCUCUCAGCCCUGUCAGUACCUGUUCCCUGGGUCAGAGCUGCCCUCUGCCCGCAGCUGCUGUGCCCUCCAUCCUGCCUGUUUAGCAGGUUCCUUCCAGAGGCAGCUAUCCAGUGCCACUUUCUCCAGCGCCCUGUCAGACAAUGGACUGGACAGCGAGGACGAGGAGCCCAUUGCUGGCGUUUUCUCUAACGGGAGCCGCGUGGAAGUAGAGGCAGACAUCCAUUGCCUCAAAGCAGAGCUCGCCACCUCAUUAUCGGCCCAAUCAUCAUUACCCUCAUCCGCCAGCCAGGAGCGCACCCUGCUGACUCUUCCCCCACCUCCGCCACCGCCGUGCACCCCAGAGCCCCUGGACGAAGGUGUGGACAUGAGCCUCGGUGACGUCGAGAACGGACUGGAGAGGGACGAGUCGUGGCAGGGAGUCGGAGCAGGAGGUGGGGAUGGAGGAAAGCUAGCAGCUAAGCAGAGGGUUAACGGGUCAGUGGCACGCCAAGAGAAGAGUCACAAUCUUAUUGAGGUGGCUGCCGACGCCCCCUCGAAGAAAUCUGGCGGAUACUUCACAGCUCCGGCCCAGCCCGACCCAGACGACCAGUUCAUCAUCCCCCCUGAGCUGGAGGAGGAGGUGAAGGAAAUCAUGAAGCAGCAUCAGCAGAAACAGCAAAAGCCCCCCGGGACCGAUCAGCCCAUGGACUACUACGACACCCCGCUCUGAGCAGCAGCACGGACUAAAAGCCUCAUCUCCCUUCCAGCAGCAGCAGCAGCAUGCACACGACCCAACAUCAACCCAACCGCUCCGAUAUCCCUCAAAUGUGGUCACAGACGAAGGGAGAUUCCUCGAGAGGCUGUAACAUGCACAUGAAAGCCUUCCAGCUCUACACAGCCUUAUCCUUGGAGAACCAUGCACUGUAACUGCUCCUCCUGUUUUUACCGAAGCAUCUCAUAGAAUACAACGAGCAAAUGAGCCCUUUAACGAUACUCAACCCUCUUGAAAAAGCAAAACGCCCGUGGACACGGCCCCUGGUGUCCACGGCCAUGCCCUUCUCACAGACUGGAACCUUUUAUUUGUUUUUUACAUGAGACAACCAGCCGAGUAUGUAAUCAACACUAGUCUCUUUGCAAUAGCAUUAGCUCGCCACAGCACUUGUUAAUAUUGAUAACAAUUACAUGGUUUGUUUGUUGUUUGUUUGUUUUGUAAGAACUUACCAUAUCUUUCAAUGUGAAAGCAGAGAAGUUGCUGAAAGAACUUUUUAAAAACAGAGACACAUAAUCUUUUUAUGGUCAGUGAACUAUGUCGAAUGGUGCACUAGUAAUACCACACUUAACUGUUGUAGAUAGGGCACUUAAAAUACUGUAUUUCUUCAGUAAAUCAUGGCUCUUGGCCUGGAAAAUGGCAUAGAAUUUUUUUGUAGAAGUUUUAAAUACUAACUCCUAGGAGUUGCAUACUCUUUAUGGUGACUCAGUCACUUUUACUAAUCUUCUCUGAGAGAAAUGGUGAUUUUUGUUUUGUUUAUUGUUUCUUUUUUUCCAAUGAUUGUAAAUAAGAGAAAUGUUGUAUACUGAUGCUUUUGAAGGAGCUGCGUACCUGUAUGUCGGUGAAAGUUGUAACGGUGGGGAGGAUAAUGUGCGGUUCGCCAAGAGUUUGCUGUUAUGGAGGUGUCACUCCCCUUUAUCUUUCAAAGUAGACUCACAAAUACGAAACACACAUACACACACAAAAAUGUUAAUGUGCAAUUGCAGUUCUGAAAACCCAGCAUUCCAUGCUAUACAACAUGACUGUAUCUAAUAAACACUAAUAGACAGAUCUUUGCAUGCACACUUGCAUGCAUGCACAUACACACACAUACACACAACUACAUGAACACCCACAGGAUAAUAUUAGUCCCACAUCACCUCCCUCCUACAGUAACCGUUAUCACCGGCAUGACUGUGUCAAGUUCAGUAAUACAAACAAAUAUAUCUACAUGGAAAGUGACCACACAAAUGUUCCUGUCUUUGGUAUAAUAAAUUUUAAAUUUGUGAAUAUAA